AUGACACGAUGUAAUCAUUCCACAGCAACCCAUUUAAUCGUUAUUUUGUUCUACAAUUUUAUCAUGCUGAAAAUAAAAUUAUUUAAAGUUCUCUAUUGGCUAACGACCUAUUCUCUAAUUUCAUGCUUGGAGAUAGAAGUUAUAGAAUAUGAUACUUUAAAUUGCCAAGAAGUUCGCACAUUUGUUUCACAGUCAUGGAAUCUAUGCAAGUUAACUGGCUUUACAAAGUAUCAGUUAAAGUACAAUUAUAUCUGUAAAGCGGAAAAUCCGCUUCAUAUUAAACCCGAAGAUGAAAAGAGAAGUGUCGCAGGCAUGCCUGAGGAGCUUACGGUGUCUAGAAAAGAAUCUAACCAAUUCUUACAACACACUGAAUCAAAACGCCAACUAUCCAGUGAGUUUUAUCCUGUUUACACAUCAUGCUGCGACUCUGGUAGAAACGAAACCCAUACGGAAUGUAACGUUAUAGAUAUUAUGGUUGGCUGCAAUGAUGAAGUUAAUUUUGAGUUUACCAGUACAGGUGCCUGCGAAAUGACUAAAGAAAUGAAUAGCUUGAAAUAA